AUUCUUUGGCUGCGAUAUACCGUCUUUCACUAGAGCUUAGGAAUAAAACGCGAAUUUUUGCAUUUUAUACGAUCAUCGGCUACUCCUAAUUACAUUUUACUUAUUGAAUCUCACUUUUUGAUCUGUAUUUAUGUACUAUAAAAUCUCUUAUUUAUUAUCUAUCAGUAUUCUAUUAUUUUUCGCGAAAUGUGAAAAAGUAAAAAAUAAGGCAGUGGAGAAGAAAGAUGAUCGAAAUGAACGAGAACUGGCAAAGCACUUACUUGAUGAUUACUACCAAUAUACUCGACCGGUUCGGAAUUAUUCCAGUGUGCUCAAUGUGACGGUACAGCCACAAAUUUACAACUUGGUAGAGGUGAAUGAACAAAAUGAGCAAAUCAAAAUAUUGCUCUGGUUCCCCCAAAGUUGGAAAGACGAUUAUCUAACAUGGGAUCCUAAGGAAUGGAACGGAAUAGAGAGAAUAAUAAUACCCAAAUCGCAAAUUUGGAUUCCAGAUGGAUAUAUAUUUAAUACAGUAGAAGAAACUGAACCGUUAGAAAACCACAAUGCAAGAGUAAGAUACGAUGGGCGAGUGGAAGUUGAUUUCAAUAAACUCGUCGACUUGACGUGCCCUAUGUCAGUGCUCUCUUUCCCAUUUGAUGUUCAAUUAUGUGCCCUCCAGUUUGGCUCCUGGUCGUAUCAAGCUCAUGCGAUUAGCUUCAACGUACUCGACACAUUUGUCCCAAAGAAAAGCAAGAAUUCUGAAUGGGACAUUGUAUCGUUUAAUGCUACAAAGAUGACAACAAAAUAUGGUGACACGCUUGGAGGAUUCAAUGUUUAUGAAGAGAUUUUCUAUUACUUGGAACUUCGCCGAAAGCCAUUGUAUUACAUUGUAGUCAUUCUGCUCCCAUCAUUUUUAAUUGUUACCGUCUCAAACAUUGGACUGUUUACGCCUCAUGGAGUUCACGGAGACAGAGAAGAGCAUGUGUCAUUGGGUCUCACUACAAUGCUUACCAUGGCUGUUAUCUUAGACAUGGUCACAGGACAAAUGCCAAGAAGUAGUGAAGGAAUACCACUAUUGGGAAUGUAUGUGCUGAUUGAAUUUGUUAUAUCUGUAAUUGCUGUAUUAGUAUCAGUUGUAAUAAUUUUUGCACACGAAAGGAUGCUAUAUCUCGAUGCAACUCCUCCGUACUGGGUGUGCAAAUUGUUUUCAGAUGACUGCAAAAUGUCAUUGGAAGAAAUAGAAGAAGAUUUUUGUUCAAAACCAGCUGAUCUGGUGCAAGAGUUAAGGUUUUGUAUGGAGGAAAUCAAACGAUAUCUUGACGAACAGGAUUCGACAGAGAAGAACCGAAUUAUAUGGCAGAGGUUUUUCUCGUGGACAGAUAUUAUAUUCAGUAUAUUCUUUUUUGUUGUUAAUUGUCUUGUGACAUUUUACAUGUUUAUGGAGUUUAUGUUUUGAGUUCUAUUUACAGUCGAAAUUAAUAAAUAUUUGUGCUUUGAAA